AUGUCGAGCAAUGCCACCAAUGUAACUAUCACGACGGAGACAUGCGCAUACUGGAUGAACGAAGGCGCUAUUCCCGAAGCUGAUACCGAGAUCUCGGGAAUAGGUGCCAUCUUGGCUUUUUUAUUGAGUGCAUAUAUCACCUUUGCAAUCGUACUGGUCUCAUAUCUACUGGGUUCCAUUGAUUCGAGCUUGCUUCGACCUGUUGAUCGCUAUGUCCACCGCUGUGGUCGACGGCGCACAAGUCCCUCCUGGCAUAAGGCGCUGCAGCAAUGCGUUCUUCUCCUCAGCGACCAGCAGAUCGUGACUGGCAUCGCUAUCUGUAUUGCAGGUUUCAUCGGUUUACAUGGCCACAUCUCGGUGUAUCAUUUCCAGACAGUCAUCAUGCUGGCUUGGAUGUCGAGUUCAGUCCAUCUUUCAGCCCUCACUAUGCUCGGAGAAUAUUUUCGCAAACGACCUGCAGUGCUAGGCUGGCGUAUUAUCGGUAUGCUGGUGUUAUUGGUCCUCCUCUUGGUGGCCCUGGUGCCUACUGCAUCCAACCUUUGGGCCUUGUGGUGGGGACCAAAUCAGGAAAAGUACGAUGAAAGGACUAGUUGGGCCAUUCCAGCCAGAUGCUUCUUCUUCAAGACAUGGGGAGAAGGCGUCAACCCCGAUGCACCUCUGGCAUAUUUGAUUCUUAUCACCUCGUACGUCUGGAAGAUUGGAGCCUUGUUCAAAAGCUCCAGAAACAUUUUCCAUCGCCGAAUCAGAGGACCAUACGAGUAUGUACUGGAGCGUAUACUACAUGCCGAAGCAGUCAAGGCUUCAAGCCGGCACAACAAGCGCAAGGCUUUAUCGUGGAAGUACUAUGCCACGAUGAUAGUCUAUAUCAUCCUUCUGGCCAUCUUCGAAUUCGCCGCAUCAUUCGCGGCGUCACUGUGGUUGUCGUAUGUUGGUCUUGUCUACGGCACCAUCCAAAUCGUGAUACCACGUCAGCAGAAUGCUUGGUGGAAUAAGAAAGAAAGCGAUUGGACUUUCGGUCAGAUCACGCCUCUUGUUUUGCUCAUCCAGCCCAUGGGCGCAAUCCUUGAAAAUUACAGAGGACGCAAGCACAAGAAGAGAAAUGAUCGCAAUUCACUCGACAGCGAAGAAGAAUCCUACGAGCUCAACUCCUCCACCAACUCUGCCAUGCUAUCUCACCGAAACGCCUCGGACACUUUCCAACCAACCUUCUCAGAGACUUUCGCAGCACUUGAAGUCCUCAGACCUUCCGAGCGUUCGGUGGACACGCUGGAACAUCAACUACCUUUCUACUCCUCGACCUUAUUCGCCGCGAUGAUUGUCUGGAUACAGAUUGGCAUUGCGAUCAUUUCGUCAAUCGUGUUUUGGAUCGAUGCUGAGAGUCUUGGGUAUAUCACAAGUCACAAUUAUUUCUUUGUGCUUAUAGGUAUCGGCUCUUGCUUUGGCGCGAUGAUUAUCUGGACUGUGGCUUCUAUACCUUUCAGCCGGGUGUUCAAGUAG